AACUUUUUAAGGGGUGCGUGUCAAUGCUGUAUCCAAAUACGUCCGGAAAUGCGAGAGAAACCCCAGAAGUAUUAUAAAAUGGGGUCGUGGAGUCCGCACAUAUUUUUAUAGACUAUUUUUUGAUAAGAGCGAAUUGUUCAGUUGUUAGAUGUUACCAUAAAAAAACGUUCCCAAUGAUUCGCUUUUCAUCGAAAUGACGAGGGACGGCGAAAUUCCGACCAUCUUCAAUCCACGCAGGGGUAGGACCCCCAACGUUCUGGUCACCGAAGAGGGGGUUGGUAAUGGUCCGUUCACCCAUACCGAUUCCAUAGGUAGCGGGCAACAGGAUGGCGGUGCAACGGGAGGAGGGGGUGAUAUCGAGGGGGUCCCGAACACCACCACGACGGGAGGAUGUUCGGGACGUAUUAGGAAUUGUACGAUGUCGAUUUGUUCCAAAAAUGCUCGUAAGAUAUAUUUUGGCGUAUGGGUCACGAUAUGUGUAACAGCUUCUUGGGUAGGAGCAACGCAUUGUAUAAAAUAUCUUUUUCUUCUGAGACCGAUUAGUUCGGAGGGUGCCGUACUUCUACCCCAAGACACAAACGACUUUAAUAUGACAGCCAUUAAAACACAAUAUACUUUGACGUAUAGCGCCCCAUUUUUCACAACAUGGUUUGUUACAAACUGGACAAUACUUUUCUUUCCUCUUUACUACGUAUGCCGUUUAAGCAGUCACCGUUGUAAAUCGCCGUCCGACAUUUUUUCUGAAAGCUUAAGGGAUUUUCGAGACAAAGGUUUUACCGCUGUGCGGUUUUUGACGAGAUGCAGUUUAUUUUGUUUACUCUGGGUCGCCACAAACUACAUGUACAUUAGAUCCUUAAGGAUACUCCUGGCGACCGACGUUAUGGCCUUAUUUGCCACCAACGUUUCGUGCGUUUAUUUGCUCUCAUGGGUUAUUCUUCACGAACAAUUUGUCGGAAUACGUAUAAUGGCUGUGAUAUUGUGCGACACGGGGGUUGCCCUUUUGGCUUACAUGGACGGUAUAACUGGCAGUCCGACGUUGGGAGGCGUCGUCUUGGCGGCUUCCGCGGCCGCAGGUUCUGCCGUGUACAAAGUCCUGUUCAAAAAGGUCAUCGGGGAAGCGACCUACGGACAGGUAGCGUUGUUUUUUUCGUUGAUAGGGAUGAUAAACGCUGCCCUUCUCUGGCCCUUGUGUCUGACGCUGUUCCUCAUGGGUUUCGAAACUUUACAAUGGGAAAGGUUACCAUGGCCUUUGCUGGUCGCGUGUAGCAUUCUGUCGCUGGUUGCCAAUUUAUUGGGUAACUUCAGUGUUGCCCUCACCUACGAUAUGUUCAUUACAUUGGGGUUAAUCACCGCAGUCCCUGUAUCUGCAGCCCUAGAUGUAGUCCUCUACGGUGCUACAUUCGAAGGGAUGAAACUGGCCGGGAUGAUCCUAAUCGCCGUAGGAUUCUUCCUGGUCAUGUUCCCUGAUAAUUGGCCUGACUACAUCACCCGACUACUGAGAAAUAUCGUCCUGUUGAGUCAUACUGCGAGUAACCCGACCCCUGCCCCCGAAGUUGACAGGGGAAAAAAACGUGAAUUACUGUAUGUAUGCAUUGUUGGAUGCGUUGUAUUAUUGAUGAUGUACAAAAUUCGCUGACGAAGUUUGCGCAUUGUAUUUGGGCGCGAAACGUUCGUUUCUAAAACAAAUGCCACCCAACAACAAAUAGCAUACUAUUAGAACAAUUGACGGUCCUCCCUUCGGCUUGGAUUUGUUUCUUUUAUUUUACAAGAGGCUGCUGUUUUAGUCAAUGUUCUUUUCUGAGUGUAAACAAUUGAAACAGCCACGUUCAACUAUUUUUACGUAAUACCUAUUAACUAUGUAGCAUAUAAAAACAAAUUUGUUCUAAAUACUCUAUAGUACAAUGCGAAAGCUUAACGAGGUAAAAUGCACAAAUUCCCUCAAAAUAUUUAGAACUAGGAAAUGGUAACUUUAAUUUCUCGAAAAUUUUUUGACAUAAACCCAUAAUAAAAAGUCCACAUUUUACUGCCUUUAUAAGAAGGAAAUUUACUUGUUCCAAAUUUAAGUACCUAACGCCAAAAUAGGUAUGUUGUCUUAGAAUUUUCGAGGACCAGCAAAGUCGAUCUUACCAUGUAUAUCUUAGAGGCAUAUUUUCUUAUCUUGAAAUUUUGAGAGUUACCCAAGUAUAUAUUUUUCGUAAAAGAACAAUUUAUUAAUGCUCUAAAGAUAAUGUAGACCAUUCCGUGCCAUGGUAGUCUGAAGUUCGAAUGCAGUAUACCUCCCUUAUAUUAUGUUGUUUGUAAAUAACACAUUCCCUAGGGGAACAUACAGAAUAAACGAUGCCUGUGUUUUGGUUGCUGUUCAUUUUUUACAGCCCUUUUUUUAUAAUAAAUCCGCUACCAACCAAAUUUUUCUACUGCAUGAUUUCGAUUGCAUGAUGAGUUUAAAGCAAAACGAUUUGUGUUUCACGAAUUAUUUAUUUAAUUAAUUGAUGCUUACGAAUUGCACAAGUGCAUUUUGUUUUGAGCAUUUUUCACUUUUUUUCUGAACGAUUACUUCAUUCGUACAUCAAAAAGUGUAAUAUGAUCUGCGAAUUUUUGUUGUUUGUUCUAUUCAACAUCAACUGUUUUAAAUAUUUUGUUUUGUUUGGCUUUGCAUUGUUUUGCUCUCGGCUUCUGUUUCCCGAUUUCUUUUGUCUUUUUUUUAAACUCGUGACCCUCUGCUGCUUAUUCGUCGGUUUCAUCUGACUGUCUAAUGUUAUCUUUACUUGUACUUCCUGUGCUAUGUGUGUGGUUUUUCACUGGACUAUGUUUGGUAUCUAAAGACCGAAAUUCUGCAUUCGAGAGCAACCGGUAGCCGAACCAACGUCAACGAAUCGGUAACAACAAAACGGCGUCUAUCUGUAUGUAAGUAA